AUGAACAGUUUUUGUAAACUUUGUGCUUUUUUAGCAUUGUUUGCACAACUUUCACUGGCAGCACUUAACGACUUUGAUAUACUGGUAUUUGUUCAACAAUUUCCAAAAACAACUUGUAUUAAUUCUCGAGUACCACCAGCUCGAUGCAAUAUACCGCGAAACGAUUUGUGGACAAUUCAUGGAAUUUGGCCAACUAAAUCUGGAACAAAUGGUCCAAACAGUUGCAGGCGCGAUUUACCAUUCAAACCUGCAGAAUUGAGAACCAUAAGACGUCAACUUGAAGCUAAAUGGAUAGAUGUCAUUAGGACAAAUCCAGAAACAUUCUGGCGUCACGAAUGGGAAAGACAUGGAACAUGUAGUGUUGAUCUUGUUGAUCUUAAUACACAAUUAAAAUAUUUCAGUAAAGCUCUACAAUGGAAUAAUAGAUAUAAUAUUGAAAGUUAUUUGAGAAGAGCACGAAUUACACCCGGUCGAGCUUAUCCCUCAGCGGAUAUUGUGAGAGCAAUUAAUCGAGGAGUUGGACUUCAGACAAGAAUCACUUGCAUUACACAGGUUUAA